AUCCAGCUCAUUAGUAAAUAGAAUAAAUGUGUGAGCUACAGUAGACUGUAUUCGAGCAGUAUGCAGUCUUACAGGCAGAGCACACACACAGUGGAUAUUUGUGGUAACUUCCCUGUCCUUUGUUGGGACACACACCCUCCCAUUUCCUCUCGCCCUCCCUCUCUCUCUUAACCACUCCUUUUCACUUCAGCAGAAGUGAAACUAAAACUCCUCCGUCCUUGUGUGUGUGUGUAACUGAGUUAGCUGUCUGAAAAUUUUUUAGUUUUUUUCUUUCUUUCUUCUUUUUACCCUUUUGGUUGACAUUACAACCCAGAUUUUAUGUCACACGUCUUUUCUUUUUGAACUGAGCAAAGUGAAAUGGCGGAGACGAAUAUUUUAGGACUUCAGGAUCAGUUCAGCUGUCCAAUCUGUCUGGAUCUACUCAAGGAUCCAGUGACUAUUCUCUGUGGACACACUUUCUGUAUGGUGUGUAUUAAUGGCUGCUGGGAUCAGGAGGAUCAGAAGGGAGUCUAUAGCUGUCCUCAGUGUAAAGAAACCUUCACUCCAAGACCUGUUGUGAGUAAAAACGCUGUUCUGGCUGAAGUAAUGGAGAAAAUAAUGAUAGAACACCAAGCUAGACGUCCUGCUCACUGUUCCACUGUAACUGAAGAGUGUGAUAUCUGCACUGGGAAAAAAUCCAAAGCCAUCAAGUCCUGUCUGGUGUGUCUGGCCUCUUUCUGUGAAACUCACCUCCAGCCUCACUAUAAAUCUCCUGCCUUUAAGAAGCACAAGCUGGUGGAAGCCUCCAGACGACUCCAGGAGCAGAUCUGCUCUCAGCAUGACAAACUGCUGGAGGUUUACUGUUGCAAUGAUCAGCAGUGUAUCUGCAUGUUGUGUAUGUUAGAUACACAUAAAGGACAUGAUACAGUAUCAGCUGCAGAAGCAAGCGCUGAGAAAAAGGUGAAAAAAAAAUAAAAAAAAUAAUAAUAAUUAAAACCAACCAACCAAAAGUUAGACAUUCAAGGUUCAGCCAUGCAGUAAACAGUAGCAAGACUUCACAAAGAGU